AUGCCCGAACCAGGGAGUAACUCGCCAAGUGCGACACGAACGGGAGCACAUGCCACAGAGUACCUGCGUGGGGAAGGCAGCAUGCCGCGUGAUAGCCCGAAAGAUAAGGAGUUUGGCAUUGUAGACGCUGGGGGCUUGACAUCGCUGUCACUGAGCCCCUUUCUUCAAGGUCUCACUGGUGAAGACGCGCUCGUAGCGGUGCAUGGCGCAAGCUUAUGGGAGACAACCGCAACCGGCCGAACGAGGGACACACUCACGCAAGAUAUUACCAUCCGAAAAGAGACAUUGACCGAAGGCGAUAUGUCGCAUGCCCCCUAUGGCGAGCGUGCUGGAACCCAGAGGCGCGCUGCGUCACAAAAGCGCACGCAACCUGAACUGGAGGGUACUUUAGCGCCCGCGGCGAAAACACGUCACAGUCUAUCGCGAACGGGAUGCAUACGCUCCAGUCGCAGGGCAUCGCCGGGGUCGUCUGAGGCGGACUCUGACCCCCAAAACCAUGGCGAUAAAGUCAGGGAGAUUCAGCGCCGCAAGCGGCUGCGGGAGCGGGAGCGUCGUGAAUCGAUGCGCACAAAAUACAAUGCGUUGAUCGAGUUGCUUCGGCAAGGUCGCCGCAACCUCAUGUCGUGGGACCUCUACAGACGCCAGCGUAGCAAUCGAGCAGAUAUACAGGUCUCUGCUGGCAAGUCGCUUGAUGAGUCCGCAAUGCCGCACAGCUUUGUUAUUCCAAGCGACAAAGACGCAGUGCUCUCUGAAUGCAUGGGCCAGCUGAAUGCGUUUAACCGUCUUAUGGCCGGCAUCCGGGAGGAAUUCGAUACCCUGCAUCAUCAGCUGGAUGAAAUGCGGUCGGAAAAAGCAGAUCUACGGAAUGACAAGCUGUAUCUACGGGAGGAGGUGCAGAGACUGCGGGAUGAAGUUCGCCGGCUGCGCGAGGGUACGCUACAGAUGUUUCUGGCGUCACGCAAGGGCGAUAUGGUCGCAGACGGGACUCUGGAAGCGGCAUUGCGAAAUCGAAUUUUUGACUCGAACGAUGAGCAACUUGAUCUGCUGCUGGACCCGUCUACGAGCGUUCCGAUGGGCUCUGUACCGUCCGGCGCAACGCCACAGAUUCACCAGGAGCGCGAUAAAACGUCUGCUAUGCUUAGCAACGCGCGCGAGGGUUACUCGAGCUAUGGAAAAUGCCCUGAUAACAGUGCUGAUGAGCCGGAUUAUAGUACUUGUGCCUAG